AUAUGUAUAAAGUGCAGACUGCAGAGCUGCCUCUGUUAGAGCAAAGGUUGACCGACUCCAACACACAGCUGUGUUUCCUCAUGGACUUUAUCACCCUCUCACCAUCGGACAUGGAGCUCAACACACAGACCAUCCAGUGGCUUCAGCGUAUGCCAUCCAUCAUUAGGGAACACCGGCAGAUCCUCGCUGAAAAGACAGCGCAAUAUCAGAGUGGCCUUGAGAUGUGCCGCCAGUGCUUUCGGGAAGAACUGGAGAGCUACAGCGUACAGGUGGAGGAGUUCGCCACCCUCAGUGAUCUGACGGAUCUCAACAAGUAUUUGAAGAAAGCCCAGGCCCUCAAUGCUAAACUGGAGUCAGCCCUGGAAAAGAUAAAUGAAUUCAACAUGGAGGAGGACGCCUAUGGCUGGACUAUUUCCCAGUACCCACAGCGUAAGAAGAUCCACGACAAGCUCACACCCUUUCUGCGCCUCUAUGAGACAGGCACUGAUUUCCUAAACCAGUAUGAUCAGUGGCUCCAUGGACCACUCUCGGGUGUGAACCCAGACAAGGUAGAAGGGGAUGUUGGUAACUACUGGCGCACUCUGUACAAACUGGAGAAAGGCUUCAGUGAUGUUCCCAGUGCCCUGAGCAUAGCCACCAGUAUGAAGACCAAGGUGGAGGACUUCAAAGAAAACAUUCCUUUGGUGCAGGUGCUGUGUAACCCAGGCCUGCGUGAGCGCCACUGGAAUGCCAUGGCAGAGGUGUCCGGAAUCUCCCUGAAGCCAGCUGACGAGGAGGCUUGCGUGGAUCAGUUCCUCUCCAUGCACCUGGAACAGCACCUGGGCAGCUUUGAGGGCAUCAGCGAGGCAGCAGGCAAGGAGUACUCUCUGGAGAAGGCCAUGGAGAAAAUGGCCAUGGAGUGGGGCGAAAUGGAGUUCAUCCUACUGGCCUACAGAGAGACGGGCACCUCCAUCCUGUCAUCCGUGGACGAGGUGCAGAUGCUGUUGGACGAUCACAUCGUGAAGACACAAACCAUGAGGGGCUCGCCCUUCAUCAAGCCCUUCGAGGUGGAGAUACGGGAAUGGGAGGCCAAACUUCUGCUCCUCCAGGAGAUCAUGGACGACUGGUUGAAGGUGCAGUCCACCUGGCUCUACCUGGAGCCCAUCUUCAGCUCCCCUGACAUCAUGACUCAGAUGCCUGAGGAGGGACGCCGCUUCACAGCUGUGGACAAAACCUGGAGGGAAACCAUCAAACUGGUUUCCCUGGACAUGCAUGUCUUGGCAGUAAUCGCCAUCGACAAGAUGCUAGAGAAGCUCAAAAAGUCCAACGAGCUUCUGGAUAUGAUCCUGAAAGGCCUCAACAGCUACCUGGAGAAGAAGCGUCUCUAUUUUCCACGGUUCUUCUUCCUGUCUAAUGAGGAGCUGCUGGAAAUCCUCUCAGAGACCAAAGACCCCACAAGAGUGCAGCCUCAUCUGAAGAAGUGCUUUGAAGGUAUUGCUAGCGUGGUGUUCACCAAAGCGCUGGACAUCACCCACAUGAAGAGCAGUGAGGGGGAAACGGUAGAGCUGCUGGACGUCAUCUCCACCUCCAAAACCAGGGGCCAGGUGGAGAAGUGGCUCCUGGAACUGGAGAAUGGCAUGAUGGCCUCCCUGCACAAGGUAGUUGGGGAGGCUAUCGAGGCGUACCCCAAAGAUUUGAGGAUCAACUGGGUGCGUGCGUGGCCGGGCCAGACCGUGCUCUGCGUCUCACAGGUCUACUGGACCAAGGAUAUUAAUUUAGCCAUUCAUUCAGGACCAAAGGCCUUAGAUGCCUACCUGGAGCAGAACAACAAACAGAUUGACGACAUCGUCUCACUCGUUCGCGGAAAGCUAUCCAAGCAGAACCGGGUGACCCUCGGAGCCCUCGUCGUGCUGGACGUGCACGGCCGGGAUGUGCUCGCUACACUUGUGAAAAAGGGAAUAAAAGACGAGAAUGACUUUGAGUGGCUUAGCCAACUGCGCUACUAUUGGGUGGAGAACCAACUUCAGACUAAGAUGAUCAAUGCCGGUUUGCCUUAUGGUUAUGAAUACCUGGGGAACACUCCACGCCUGGUCAUCACCCCCCUUACUGACCGCUGCUACCGCACUUUGUUUGGGGCCCUAAGUCUCCAUUUGGGAGGGGCCCCCGAGGGCCCGGCUGGCACAGGAAAAACAGAGACGACCAAAGAUUUGGCCAAAGCUGUGGCUAAGCAAUGUGUGGUCUUCAACUGCUCCGACGGACUGGACUACAUUGCUUUGGGAAAGUUCUUCAAGGGGUACAGGAGGAGUCUCCUAGCGCUAGCAGAGGUCAACUCUCUCUCAUCCGUCUCCAUCCGUCUCCAUCCGUCUCCAUCAGUCUCCAUCCGUCUCCAUCCGUCUCCAUCAGUCUCCAUCAGUCCCCAUCAGUCCCCAUCCGUCUCCAUCCGUCUCCAUCCGUCUCCAUCCGUCUCCAUCAGUCUCCAUCCGUCUCCAUCAGUCUCCAUCCGUCUCCAUCCGUCUCCAUCCGUCUCCAUCAGUCUCCAUCAGUCUCCAUCCUUCUCCAUCCGUCUCCAUCCGUCUCCAUCCGUCUCCAUCCGUCUCCAUCAGUCUCCAUCCGUCUCCAUCAGUCCCCAUCAGUCUCCAUCCGUCUCCAUCCGUCUCCAUCAGUCUCCAUCCGUCUCCAUCAGUCCCCAUCCGUCUCCAUCCGUCUCCAUCCGUCUCCAUCCGUCUCCAUCCGUCUCCAUCCGUCUCCAUCAGUCCCCAUCAGUCCCCAUCAGUCUCCAUCUGUCUCCAUCCGUCUCCAUCCGUCUCCAUCCGUCUCCAUCCGUCUCCAUCAGUCUCCAUCCGUCUCCAUCCGUCUCCAUCAGUCUCCAUCCGUCUCCAUCAGUCUCCAUCCGUCUCCAUCCGUCUCCAUCCGUCUCCAUCCGUCCCCAUCAGUCUCCAUCAGUCUCCAUCAGUCCUUCUCCAGUCUCUUUGUCGUAG